AUGUCUUCGCCUUCGCUCUUAUCUACCCUUUCCGCGUCGCGUCCCCUGCCCAUUGCUCGCACGCCUUCGCACUCGUCAUCGCCUUCGCCGGAACUUACGACGACGUCUUCGUCUUCGCCGAGCCUGUACGUCACGUUCAAGGUGCUGAGACUGUUGGAUACGUUUCGCACGCGGGUGCGGAAGCGUGUGAGGUCCGAUCGCAGGGUCAAGAAAGCUACGUCCAAGAGGACUACCAAAGCGUUCUGCCAGGGCCUGGAACGGCAGGCGUUUGAGGAGAUUGACAGGUAUCUGGGUCGCAAGACUACUGAGCGGUCGCGGAAGCGUUCGUAUCCCGCCAACGAGGGCGGAGAGAAGCUGGGGGAAGGGAAGCGUGCUACUGUUGUCACUGCUGGGGAGCAGGACCAGGACCCAUUGUCAUCGAGCGUUCAAUGGUUGCUCGACGAGCUUGAACGAUCAGCCAACUCGGAGUCAAGGUCGUUGAUCGCCGUUGCAAAGGACCACCAACUGUUCCUCACACGCAAGGCAGACCUCCACAUCGAGCGACCGUCCUUGAAAGACGUGAUACAGCUGCUGGUUGUCGUGAAGGACUUACUCUCUACUCUCCGUCGUCCAACGCGAUCCCGUGCCGGCGUCAAGACACUCGUCGAAGGCAACGAGCUUCUCGACCUCACCCUCGACGAAACCGUCAAUGCCAACCUCGAGCACCUCCUCCUCUGCCUGAAAGACCAGCUGAUCCGUCUACUCGUCUCCAAGCUCGUCGACCUCGUCCAGAAGCAACUGGUGGAAUGUCAGCGAGACCAGAAUCGACACUGUGAGAACUGGUUCUUUGAGUUCCCAGACAGUCGACAUCCGCUGAGCACCACAUGGCCUUGGAGUAUCCGACCGUCGCUUGCUGUACUCUGGGGCGUGUGUUGGAUGUUCUAUGACUUCUCCGAGCAGUACGAUUUCCCGGAAGCGCUCAGUCCAGCGGCCCUGGCACAGAUCGGAUCGGUGCUACAGCAUUUCAACCGGCAGCAGCAGCAAUCACCUCAAAGCAACUACUGCCAUCUAGCUCAAGUGAAUUUGCAGCCGGCCGUUGAUCCCCGCUCGCCACGUUCCACGCCAACGUCUCAUUCGCUCUUCCCAAACAUGGCUCAGCCACAGCACCAUCGCGGCCUGAACGUCCCCUUCACGUCUGCGGGUCCACCUGACCAGGCUGCACAUGCCUCGGCGCACCGCGUGACCGCAUAUAACUCGUACUCUGCUGCGCCUCCCGCUAGCGCCCACCCCUACUUGCAGCAGCACCACCAGAACCUGCAAACCUUAGUGCUGCCUGAGGAAAAUCUCGCCUCCCAUCAUCUAUCGGGCUCCAACUUCCCAGACAGCACAUACGCAGCUGACAUUGAGCAAUGGGAGCCAGAGGCGACUCCUGGGCAGCAAUUCGUUGACGCCAGCUGGCAGCAAUUCCAGGCGCAAGAUUUGCCACCGCACUCGCGCAACUUUGCUCCCCCAGGCAUAAGACUCAUCACCGACCCAGGAAUCCUUCCGGCUCUACAUCAGCAGCCUCAGGCCUACCACAAUUCUACGUCUGUUUCAUCGGCCUCUACACUCCCCUUACGAGAAUCGCCAUACAAUCGCUACGGCCCUAAUCUGAGCCCGCUGGACGCACAGUAUCCGCAUAUGCAUCCACCGGACGAGAAGAUGCAGAAUACGCCACCUCGGAGUCCACACGCGAUUGAGGCAGCGAGUAUGGGCGAGCAGCUUUCACGAAAACGAUCUCAUGAACAAAUGGCAGCCGAAAGCAUGCGAUAUGUUGCCGCACCUGUGAACAUGGCCGUGCAACCGAACCUGGAUGGUCAAAGUCGCGCUGGGUCGGUUUCGUCGCAAGUGGAUCUGUCGCCUCCUAUCAAGAACAUCGCCAUCAAGCGUGGCAACCCUCCUACGAAUGCGCAAGGAAAAUUCGCAUGCGAUUACUCGGAAGAAUGCGCCGGUCUGAUCUUUGACCGGAAGUGUGAAUGGAGCAAACACAUGGACAAGCACGACCGCCCCUAUCGCUGUCCUCACGAAGAGUGCGCAAAACUCCAAGGCUUCACUUACUCCGGCGGCCUCCUGCGUCACGAACGGGAGGUGCACAACAAACACGGCGGCCCCAAAUCCAAACUCGUCUGCCCACACGUGGACUGCAAACGCCACACCGGCAAGGGUUUUACCCGCAAGGAGAACCUCAACGAGCACGUCCGGCGCGUGCACGAGAACAAGGAGAACCAGUCGCAAUCCCAAGGUCCCUCGCAAAUCAAACGCGACGACAACAUCAUGCCGCAUCCGGUGGAGAACGUCGAAACGCCAUAUUACACACAAAUCGACCCCGAGGACCCGGAUUCGCCCGCGCAGAAGCGGAGGAAGUACCCGCAGACGCAGGGCAUGAGCGAUCGCAGCGCCUCGGAGGGGGUGGACGAUCUACGGUAUCAGGUUCUGAGGCACGAGAAUCAGCGGUUAGAGGAGCAGAAUCGGCAUAAAGAUGAUAUGAUGCAGCAGAUGCGGUCGGAGCUGGAGAAUUUGCGGCAGAGUGUCGUGUUCUUGCAGCAGCAGGUUCAGGCGCAGGGGCAGGGGCAGGUUUAA